GAGCGGGAGACGGCGGUGUCAGGCGCCUGUGUAGGCGUUAAUAAAACAUGUUUAUUUGGCGUUCCACGAAGGCCCCUGCAUGGCAGCUCUUUUACAUAUAAUUUGCAUUGUACAUCAUUGGCAGCCAGCGGAGGUUCGGCUCAGCCCAAAGCACCAGGCCUGCGCCGCAGUCACCUCCUGCCGCGAUGCCUCCAGCGCCAGGGCCCGAUCCAACCAGGCCUUUCAAAUACCUUGCCUUCGCCGAGCGCGAGAAGUUCCAGCAACUUCGCCGCUUCCGCUUCGCCCGGCCGUCCAAUAGGCUAUGGAGGGGAGCGGCUCCGGAGGUGACGCAGACGGAAUCCCGGCCUCCUUCCGGUUCCGGCCUAGCGAGAGCGCUCUGGGGCAACAUGAAGCUGCUCACCCACAACCUGCUGAGCUCGCACGUGCGGGGGGUGGGGCCCCGUGGCUUCCCCCUGCGCCUCCAGGCCACCGAGGUCCGCGUCAGCCCGGUGGAGUUCAACCCUGACUUCGUGGCGCGGAUGAUCCCCAAGGUGGAAUGGGCGGCGCUUCUAGAGGCGGCGGACACCUUGCAUCUGGCCGAGGUGCCCAGAGAGCCAAUUCAGGGCUAUGAGCGUGAUGAGGAGUUUCUGAGGAAGAUGCACCACGUGCUGCUGGAGGUGGACGUGUUGGAGGGCACCCUGCAAUGCCCGGAGUCUGGACGUGUGUUCCCCAUCAGCCGCGGCAUCCCCAACAUGCUGCUGAGCGAUGAGGAGACGGAGACCUAAUCGUGCCGGACGCCAGCUUUUCAUUCUGUGACCAUGUGUCCUUGUUUUAUGUAUAUCUCGUUCGCUACUUCUAUCGUGUGUAUUCCCAACCCUUGACCCAGUGACACGCCAGACACACAGUGUUCUUGAGCUCGAUAUAUUUUUUUCUCAUUAAAGGUUCAAAACCAAAA